AUUUCGAAAAGUCCAAGCCACUGGCAUCGAAAAUAAUGCAGGCAAAGCAAAAGAUAGAGAGAGAAACAGAGCGUAUUUUUAGAGAGAGAAACAGAGAGAGACAGAAAGACAGAGAGAUAGAGUGAGGGUUUUAGAGAGAGAGUAAGAGAGAGAAAAAGUGGGGGAUGGGUCAGAUCGUGAGGAGGAAGAAGAAGGGGAGGCCAUCGAAGGCAGAUCUGGCACGCCGGUCCGGCGAGCUGCCGGCGAAGCCGACAAAGAAAGAGUCGGACGUCCGGCGGAGCCUGCGGCGGAGAAAUGUUAAGUACAACAUAGACUACGACGACUACUUGGACGAGGAAGACGAGGAAGAAGACGAGAGGAGGAGAGAGAAGAAGGUGAAGCUGGUGAUGAAGCUCGACCAGCCGGAAACCUGUUCGGCGCGUGAUUCCCACGCGCAUGAUUCUGGCGGCGAUGAGGAUGAGGAGGACGGCGAGAGUGAGAGGAAGCAGCAGAAGAGGCGCCGGAUUAACGGCGGCGAUGAUUCCGAUAAAGAUGAUGACGGAAUUGAUGACGACGAUGACGGCGAUGAUGAUUGUGAGGAACGGGGUCGAAAAGCUGACUCGAAGCGGCCUGAUUCCCCUCCAGGAACGCCGUCUGAUCCUCAUGCUGCGAUUCCGUUGCCGGAUAAGAAAACGUUGGAGUUGAUUCUUGACAAGCUUCAAAAGAAAGAUACUUACGGUGUAUAUGCAGAACCAGUUGAUCCUGAAGAGCUUCCUGAUUAUCACGAGAUCAUUGAGCGUCCAAUGGACUUUGCCACGGUGAGAAAGCAGUUAGCAAACGGAUUGUAUUCUACCCUGGAACAAUUUGAGGGUGAUGUCUUUUUAAUAUGUUCAAAUGCAAUGGAAUACAAUUCAUCAGAUACGAUAUACUAUAAACAGGCAUGUUCAAUACAAGAGCUGGCAAAGAGAAAAUUUGAUAGGCUGCGAAGUGAACAUGAACGCUCGGAAAAGGAGCUCAAAUUAGUGCAGAAAACAAAGUCCAAUUCUUUGGUCAAGAAACAGACAAAGAAGCCUUUGUGUCGAAUAUUACAGGAACCCAUUGGCUCUGAUUUCUCCUCAGGUGCCACUCUUGCCACUGCUGUAGAUGUCCAGAACACUUCCCUUCCAACACAAGGUAGUGGUUGUGAGAGACCUAGCAACAUUGAUGGACCUGUAGAGGGUAAUUCCUCUUUGAAUGAAGCUAAUGUGGAGAAGCCAGAAGAUAUGUCAUCAGGGAAGGGUCUCCUAUCGAAAGUUGGGAGGAAGCCAUCCGUGGUUGAUGAAAACCGCCGUGCAACCUACAACAUAUCCACUCAGCCCGUGGUCAGAUUAGAAUCUGUAUUUACUACCUUUGACAGUGAAAUCAAGCAAUUUGUUGCAGUUGGGCUUCAUGCAGAAUAUUCAUACGCUAGGAGCCUUGCUCGGUUUUGUGGAAAUCUUGGAUCUGUUGCUUGGAAAGUUGCGUCAAAGAGGAUCGAACAAGCACUACCUGAUGGGUGUAAAUUUGGCCGUGGCUGGGUUGGAGAAUAUGAGCCACUUCCAACCCCUGUAUUACUGGUUGACAAUAGUACCCAAAAUCAAUCUGCUUUGGCUUCAAAGUUUUAUUCAUGCCCGGAAUUGAGAAAGGAUGACAGAACUUUUAGGACUUCAGUUCCUGCUAAGGAGCACCCUGUUACCAGGCCUGUUACAAAAGAGAGACAGCACUCUGUUAGUGUGCCUACUUCAGGAGGGAGGCCAUCUUUUCUUGGUUCUACUACUAGGGGGCAUUACUCAGAAGGGAAACCGACCGUGAUCCGUCCUGUUGGAGCAAAACCUAAUUCCACAGUUAAUCCACAGAAAAACCUGCAAUCUCGGUUUAGGGAGCCUGAGAAAAAGGUUCAAAGGAAGUUGAGUCGAACUCCAUACCCUCAGUUCAUCCACAGAAAAACCCGCAAUCCCGGUUUAUUGAGCCCGAGAAGAAGGUUCAAAAUGCAGUUGAGUUGCUCUAGACCCUCAGUUAAUCCACAGAAUAAACUGCAAUCCCGGUUUAUCGAACCUGAGAAAAAGUUUCAAAAGGAAGUUGAGUUGAACUCCAUACCCUCAGUACAUCCACAGAAAAACCUGCAAUCCUGGUCUAUCGAGCCUGAGAAGAAGGUUCAAAAGGCAGUUGAGUUGAACUCUAUUCCCUCAGUUAAUCCACAGAAUAAACUGCAAUCCCGGUUUAUUGAGCCUGAGAAGGAGGUUCAAAAGGAAGUUGAGUUGAACUCCAUACCCUCAGUUCAUCCACAGAAAAACCUGCAAUCCCGGUUUAUCAAGCCUGAGAAGAAGGUUCAAAAGGCAGUUGAGUUGAACUCUAUACCCUCAGUUAAGCCACAGAAAAAACUGCAAUCCCGGUUUGUCGAGCCUGAGAAGAAGGUUCAAAAGGAAGUUGAGUUGAACUCUAUACCCUCAGUCAAUCACAAUAAUGCCAAUCUUGUUGCAGAAAAGCAAUCAUCAAGAAAAUCGGAGGCAGAAGCUUCUAGGCCCAGAGAUACAGUAUCAAGGAACAUGAAUCUUCCACAACCUGCACCUUUUAAGAUGCCGGAUUCUAAUGGAAAUGUUAACCGAGGGUUGCCUAAUGGGAAAAAUGUGAGUGCUUCUCUGGACAACCGGAUUAGUCCAUCUGAUAGUGCUCAUAGUCAAAUGGAUAGGACAGCAGCUUUCUUUCCUCAUGGACAGGUGCAGGGUCGUAGCGACUCUGUACAGUAUUUGAAAAACUUGGCAGAAAAGAAUCAAAAGCAACAUAAAUCGUCAAGUCAAAAGCAACAUAAAUCGUCAAGUCAAUUAUCAGUUGAUACUCAACCUAUUGGGUCAUCGGUUCCAUCAAUAAGAAGAGAUGAUUCUGGCAAUGCUGCAGCUGCUGCUGCCCGGGCUUGGAUGUCUAUAGGUGCUGGAGCAUUUAAUCAGCCUACAGAGGAUCUCACUAAACCCAAAAGUCAGAUAUCUGCAGAUUCAUUAUACAACCCAGCUAGGGAUUUUCAGUCACACAUUUCACGAGUUCGUGCAGAGUUUCCAACGCAAUUUCAAACUCAGAACAGUUUUUCAUUUCCAACCUUUUUACAACAACCUGUUCGUAUGGCAAAUGAAGCACAUUUUCAAGGCCGACCUACAGUUUUUCCUCAGUUACCAUCAGCUGACUUAUCUAGAUUUCAGGCGCAAUCACCUUGGCGGGGUCUCAGUCCAAAUGCUCAGCCAAGACCAAAACAGAAACGGGAAAGCCUUCCUCCAGACUUAAAUAUUGGUUUCCAGUCCCCUGGGUCUCCGGUAAAACAGUCCUCUAGUCUUCUGGCCGACUCUCAGCAGCCAGACUUGGCGUUGCAACUCUGAGUCUAGAUACGUAUUCAGACGAAUUAAACAAAAGAGUAAAGGAUGAGAUGUCUCUGGCUUCUGGCAUCUGUCUCAGGGAUUCACCUCAUGUCUCUGGUGCCAUGGUUGUAUCCAGUGUGAGAAUGCCAAGGAUCUUGUUAUGACAGAAUGAUUUUAGAGGUGAUGUUUAUCCAUUUUUGACUUCAACAAGGAGUUGUCCACACGUAACGAAGGAUUGUCUCUGGUUAGAUUAGCUUGCUCGACCUGAUAUGAUCAGCUCAAACUUAAGAAGCUAUAGGUUUAACAGAACUUCAUUUUCUGGCCCAGAUAAGGAAUACAGACUUGUCGACGCAGGUGUUCGUCUCGGCAGGAGGAGGAUCCAUUUGAAGAUUUAUAUCAAAUCGCUUAGGAGCUGUUAUAUAUCUGGUUGAGGCCUUGUACAUUGUUACAGGUUGAUGGGUAGAAUUACUUAUGUAGAAUUUAGUCAUUUUACGUAUGUAAUUGCAUUGAGAAUUCCACUUUAUACUACUGCUACGCUUAUAAUGUACAUGUGAACUAUUGUCUCUAAAAUUCAAUGUUUCUGUUUUAUGUU